UAAUAAAACAACAAACCUGCAGUAAUGUUCUUCGCUUUUCCUGCAAUCAUUGACACCUAAUUUCGAUCUCUAUAAUGGAAACGGACCCGAAACAGACACAGAUUGUUUUCUGGAAGCCCCUCCAGGAGGCCAUGCAGAUCAUCUCCUGGGGCUAGGCCGGCCUCUUGCAAAUCCUAACUUCUCACACAUUCAUCAGUUUUUAACAUGUGAUAUUGAGUUGAUCAAUCUGAUUUUCUUUUGUUAUUUUUCAAGGCUGUUUUGUUAUUCUCAUUGUUGUAUAGUUUAUCAGUUUUAACAUCACGCAAUGUUAUUAUUGUUCUUGGCUAAGUAACAUACAAUCCUUCACCUUCAUCAUACAACUACUACACCAUCAGCAAGAAUGGAAGACGACACGCCGGAGAAGAAAUCAGGCUGUGGUCUAUUAAAUGCAGUUUUUGGGCGGCGUAGUUUUUGGCCGAGAAGAUCUACCUCUACUGGUUCGCUUCCGACCGGGAAUGGUAAGGAUUUCAGCAAGACACCAGGCACUCCAAAUUCAAGGAAGAGACGAGGCGGCUCCGAUGAGUCCCUUGAGACCUCAUCAAAUGCUUCAGAGUCGUCAUCAAAACCAAUAGCCAGACCUUCCCAAAAUCCCCACAGGGUGCCUCCUGCGUAUCACCAAUACCAGGGCAGGAGACAAUCCUAUGAGGCUGCAAUCGUACACUCAGCAGGCACAUGCGCAAAACAGAUGACUCCUAGCCAAGAAUAUGUUAACCUUGGCAAAAGGGUGCCAAAGGAAGCCAUUGGCAUCUCUGGUGAGCUUGACAGCAUGCUCAUAGAUCAGCAAAAAGCAAGAGGAACUGGUAAUCUUGUUCGGGCUUCAUCGAGCAACGUCAUGCUUUUCGGAAAUCUUGGUAACUUGAGGCAACCAGGAGGAGGAAAUAUGAAUUCGCAUAAUGUUUUUGAUCACCUUCCCAAGACUGCAAGAGAAGAGAUACCAAUGCCUAAAGGAAGUAGCAAUUACUCAACUAGUACUGCAAUGGGAAAUGUUGUAAGGAGUUCUUAUAGAGAAAGGACACCCAAUAAAGAGCAAUCUGGUUCCCUGUGCCGGGCUAUCUCAACUAGAAUGGAUCCUGAGUCAUUGAAGAUUAUGGGCAAUGAAGAUUACAAGAAUGGAAGAUUUGCGGAAGCCCUGGCCUUGUAUGAAGCUGCAAUUUCCAUUGAUCCCGAUAAGGCUUCAUACAGAAGCAACAAAAGUGCUGCAUUAACCGCUCUCGGCAGGCUUCUUGAGGCAGUUUUUGAAUGCAGAGAAGCUAUUCGAAUCGAUCCACGUUAUCAUAGAGCUCACCAUCGUUUGGCCUCAUUAUAUUUGAGAUUAGGGGAGGCAGAAAGAGCAUUGUAUCACUUCAAACACGCAGGACCGGAGGCUGACGGCGAGGACAUUGCGAAAGUGAAAACGGUUCAGGUACAUCUUAACAAGUGCACCGAGGCUCGCAAAGUGCGAGAUUGGAACACCCUGAUUAAGGAAACAGGGUACGCCAUAUCUUCAGGGGCGGAUUCAGCACCACAGAUAUUUGCUUUGCAAGCCGAGGCCCUGUUGAAGCUCCAUAGACAUCAAGAUGCGGAUGAAGCAAUGUUGAAGGGUCCAAAUUUUGAGCUUGACGCCUGUACUAGAUUCCUAGGGCCUAUUGGUAGCGCAAAUCUGUUGGUUAUUCGGGCUCAGGUUGACUUGGUAGCCGGCAGAUUCGAUGAUGCACUGGAGACAGCGCAGCGCGCAGCUCGCCUUGACUCGAACAACAGGGAAGCGAACCCAGUGCUGAGGAAGGCUCGGGCUGUUUCAGCAGCUCGAGCAAAAGGCAAUGAGCUUUUCAAGGCAUCGAGGUUCUCCGAGGCGUGUGUUGCGUAUGGGGAGGGACUGGAGCAUGAUCCAUACAAUUCAGUGUUGUUGUGCAACCGAGCUGCUUGUCGGUCCAAACUUGGCCUAUUUGAGAAAGCAGUGGAGGAUUGCAAUGCUGCCCUCCAUGUGCGCCCCUGCUACACCAAGGCUAGACUAAGAAGAGCCGAUUGCAAUGCCAAGUUGGAAAGAUGGGAAGCUUCAGUACAAGACUACGAGGUGUUGUUAAAGGAAACACAGGGAGAAGAGGAGGUGAGCCGUGGCUUGUUGGAGGCCCAGGCACAGCUCAGGAAACAACGUGGGCAUGGAGUAUAGUAGAGAGAGUUAGACCUGUACAAGGAAAAACCAUCCAUGGAACUUGAACAAAGACGAUAGGUAAUCAAUAGGGAUAAAAACAAGGGUUUGAUUUAAAAGGGGGAACAGGGGAAGGGAAAGAUUGAUACUGUUUUUCUUUAUAGCAAAAUGCAAUAGAUACAUGAGGACUCAAUUUGUUUUAUGUAUAGUUCAAAUGCGUGGAAUCUUUGUUUGUAAUUUUUAUUCCAUAUCUUUGUUUGUUUAAUCAAGAUUUAUCAAUUUGCAAAGCUUGAUUAAAAAUAGGAAGUAUGAUUCAAUGAGAAUUUGUAAUCAUUAUGGAGAAGACAAUGUAGUUCUGUCCAAAUCGGGAAUGUAGGUUUGAAAAGAAAACUUUACUCAC